ACCAAGGAGAUUCAUAAAGCCAUCAAGACCGAAAGAAAAUUGGGAAAUCCCGACUCGAGAAACAUAAACCCUUUUGCUUCCUCGUACUAUUAGUAAGUGGCAAUGGCGGAGCACUUAGCCUCGAUAUUUGGAACAGAAAAAGACAGGGUAAACUGCCCCUUUUACUUCAAGAUCGGAGCCUGCCGCCACGGCGACCGUUGCUCCCGACUCCACACCAAGCCCAGCAUUAGUCCUACUCUCUUGCUCUCCAACAUGUACCAGAGGCCCGAUAUGAUCACCCCUGGUGUUGACCCUCAAGGCCAGCCCCUCGACCCUAAAAAAAUCCAACACCAUUUCGAAGAUUUCUACGAAGAUUUAUUCGAAGAGCUCAGCAAGUACGGGGAGAUUCAAAACCUCAAUAUCUGCGAUAAUUUGGCGGACCACAUGGUGGGCAAUGUAUAUGUGCAGUUUAGAGAGGAAGAUCAUGCGGCCGCCGCGCUUCAGAACCUCAGUGGGCGAUUCUACGCAGGCCGUCCAAUAAUCGUGGACUUCUCCCCAGUGACGGAUUUCCGUGAGGCUACUUGUAGGCAGUAUGAGGAAAAUGUUUGCAAUCGAGGUGGCUACUGCAAUUUUAUGCAUCUGAAGAAGAUAAGCAGAGAAUUGAGACGCCAGUUAUUUGGGAGGAGUAAGAGGAGGCGCAGUCGAAGUAGAAGUGCUAGUCCUCAGCGUCAGUUCAACUAUGGGGAGCGUUCGCGGGGUGGUCGUGGUUUUCCUAGAAGAGGUGAUCAUCUCUCCCAUGAAAGGAGCAGGAGGCCUAGAAGUAGGAGUCCUGGCCGAAGGGGUGGACGAAGCAAAAGCCCUGGGGGAAGGAGAAAUCGGAGUCCUAUUAGGGAGGGAAGCUUUGAGAGAAGGGCAAUGAUUGAACUAUGGAACAAGGAAAGGGAACAGGAGGGGGGUUUCACUAAAAGUUAUAACAGCAGUCCUGGGGAGAGGAGAAAUAGGAGCCCAACUAGAGAAGGCAGUGCAGAGAGAAGGGCAAUGAUUGAGCAAUGGAACAGAGAAAAGGAGCAGGCAGAAUCUGCAAAAGGUAGCAGCAGUUUUAUCACCAAUAAUGGCAGUGGUGGUGGUGGGAAGACGGAACAUUCAUCCAAUGAUGAAUAUCAGCAGCAUCAAGAGGAAGAUGGAAAUCAUGGUUACUGAUGUCGUUUUUCCUGUCUAGGAAGCAAGUUAUGCAGACUAGAAGCAUUUCAAGUGAAGCAAUAUCAAUCCACACCAUGAGAUUGUUGUUUUUUUUUUUUUUUUUGAAACAAACUAAAACAUGAUCCUUGCUGUAUCAUUAAGCAUUUUUUAGGAAUGUUCUUGAUUCAAGUCAGUGGUCUAUACAAAUAUCCUUGGUGAUGGUAGUAAGCGGGCUUGCUUUCAGCUCAAGGAUGUAAAUUGAUGGUUAUUAGGUGAUUUACUCGCGGUCGUGUGAUUCUUCCGUACGACUCCGUUUUAGUCAACCAAAUAGCUGAAACGGUGAAGUAUAAGGUGAUUUGCUUGCACGAAUGCGAUUCUUCUGUGUAACACCUUUCCAGUCGUCCAAAUAGCUGUUUGUGUAGACGUGUACUGCUAUAUGUAUGGAUAUAAGAUAUUUGUCAACCGCUUACAUUUGUUCUAUUUGUUUUGUUUGAAAUAUCAGUAGUGUAUGUUAUAUGCGGGUU